UCCUGCCACUCUAUUUCAGAUGGUAGCUUCACCCUCUCAGUGACAGUGAGACUGUGUACCUUGUUUUUGGCCUCUUCGAUUUUCCGGAGUUUCACUCAUACAUUACUCUCAUUGGAUAUAUUCUUCCACUCCAUUGAGGAACCAUCACAAGGUCCACAGUGUCACUGUUUCCAUUUUUUGCUCCACUUUGUGUCCUCCCUCACAUCACACCUGGCUGAGAUCUCCCAGUCCGACCUCGUCCCGCCAUGGCGCUCUCCUCACGCUUAAAACUCUGGGAACAGAAGAUCAAGGAGGAGAAGAAGUCUCCCGUCACUGCCGCACAGCCUCCUCCUCCUCCUCCUCCUCCUCUCUCUGCCGUCCCGGGAGGAUUCCUCAAACAGCUGGUGAGAGAGACCGAGAAAGAGACACACCACAAAGAGCCAGAACUCAAAGAGGAAAAGACGCCCAGGAAACUCAGCGACAACCUGGUCCAGAACUUCUUACUUCCCGACCAAACUCCACCGAUACUGGAAGCGGAGAUGGCACUACGAGCGGAGCAGCUGGUGAACGGGGAACGCGGCCGCCACACUGCGCUGACAGAGAAGAAAACAUCCUCUCCCAGGAGGAUCAUGUCACCAGACCCAAAAAAUCACAAAACUGGCUCAGAGUCCAGCACUCCAGAGGUCAGCUGGCAGGAGCAGAUGCCCAGUCCCAGGACAGAUACAGCCAAAUCUCCAGCACCACCAAUGGAAAAAGAAGUGAAGAAAGAAGAAGUAAAGGUACAACAGGAAGUUAAACCCCUGAAACAGGAAGUGAAAGAGCCGAGGCAAGAGCCUGAGGGUCAGAUGACUGUAACCCCCAUAAGAGAAGAGCACAAGGUGCCAGUGAGGGAUGUGUGGUAUGAAGCUGGCAAGGUGUGGUACGCACACAAAGACGGUUAUACACUCGCCACUCAGCUGAAGCCGGACGAAGGCACACCGGAGCUCCCUGACGGCAGGGUGAGGGUUCGACUGGACUCUGAUGGAUCCGUUCAUGAUGUAUCCCAGUAUGAGAUUGAAAAGCUGAACCCACCUGAGCUGGACCUGUGUGAGGACUUGAGCGACCUCGUGAGCGUGAACGAGUCAAGCGUCCUUCACACUUUGACCAGCCGAGCUAAAGGACAUCUACCCUUGACCCACGCGGGGCCCAAUCUACUGGCUCUGUGGCCUCCACUGUCCCCGCCAGGCAAGGGGCUUCGGAGCAGACGCUGGGAGACCUGGGAGGCUCCUGGCCCACUGCAGGCUCUGGUGAGGAGGGUGUAUGUAUCAAUGGUGGGUCAGCGGAAGGACCAGACGCUGGUGGCUUUGGGACGCAGUGGCACAGGGAAGACCACUUCCUGUCAGUCAUUUUCCCAGGAGCUGCUCAAACAAGCGGGAACAGCAGGAGGAAGCGUUACCUUAGAGCGGCUCCAGGCAGUGUUUACAGUGCUGCGCUCGUUUGGGUGUGUGGGCUCGUCUCACAGCGAGGCCUCGAGUCGAUUCGCUAUGGUGCUCUCACUGGACUUCAACCACGCCGGACUCGCUGCUGCUGCACAUCUGCAGACCAUGCUGCUGGAGAAAUGGAGGGUGUGUCAGAGGCCGAAGGGAGAGAGUAACUUCCUGGUGUUCUCCCAGAUGCUCUCAGGCCUCAGCACAGACAUGAGGACUGAACUGCAGCUGCACCAGUUAAAGGAACACAACUCAUUUGGAAUUUCAUGCCCAACCAAGGUGGAUGAAAAGCAGAGAGCUUCAGUGGGUUUUGGGAAGCUACUGGCCGCCAUGAAUACUUUAGGAUUCUCAGUGGAUGAGCAGAAGGCCAUUUGGCAUGUUUUGGCAGGAAUAUACCAUCUCGGCGUCGCAGGAACAUGCAAGGUGGGCCGUAAGCAGUUUAUGAGUUUUGACAGCGCGCAGACGGCCAGUGCCAUCCUGGGUUGUGAGGGAGAGGAACUCCACACUGCCGUCUUCAAACACCACCUGAGGCAGUUACUGCAGAGAGCCACCGGAGGCGUCAGAGAGCGCCGCGCUGCAGAGGAACCAGAGGACGGUCCAAAACUGAGUGCUGCUCAGUGUGUGGAAGGGAUGGCGGCUGGUCUCUAUGAGGAACUCUUCACCACUAUUGUGUCUCUCAUCAACAGAGCGCUGCACUCUCAGCAGCUGACGCUGGCCUCUGUGAUUGUAGUGGACACACCAGGCCUGAGGAACCCCAGACACAGCAGGGAUGACCGAGCCGCCGGCUUCUCUGAGCUCUGUCACAACUACUUACAGGAGAGACUGCUGGAGCAUUACUUCAACCACACAUUCACAGACACGCUGGAGAGACACACACGGUUCCGCUAUGAUCUCUCAGGCUGGUUCGGUCAGGUCCAGAACAACCCGUCUGUCCUAAACGCCAGUUCCCUGCUGCAGAACUCCUCAAUUGGAGCGGUGAAGGCCCUGUUCAGUCCGCGGGCGUCCAUGCCUCCUCUGUGCCGGGGUUUGGGCGGUGUGGAGGGCGGCUCUCAGCGCUCACUGGAGAGGUGCGGCACGUUGCGGAAGACUCUGAGCGGCGGGAUGGCGGCCCUCAGGAGACAUUCCCAGUGCAUCGCCGUCAAACUGCAGGCGGAUGCUCUGCUGAAUCUGAUUCGGCGAGCGCGGCCUGUCUUCCUGCAGUGUUUGAGUGCUAAGACAGAUGGCUGUGGCUUUGAUGUCCCAGCACUGCGUGUACAGCUGCACUCCACACACCUGCUGCCGGCACUGCAGCUGUACCGAACAGGCUACCCUGAGCACAUGUCCCUGGGUGAUUUCCGCUGUCGUUUUCAGGCCCUCUCUGCUCCCAUAAUGAAGCGAUACGGUUCUGUCUUCAUUACCCCUGACGAGAGGAAGGCUGUGGAGGAAUUAUUGAUUGAUCUGGAUUUGGACAAGAAAAGCAUUGUUUUAGGAGCGAGCAGGGUGUUUAUGAAGCGUGAUGUCCUGAGGUCUUUAGAUCAGCAGAGAGAUCAGUUGUUGAGCAGCUGGCUGGUGCAGCUUCAAGCAUCCUGUCUGGGUCAUAUGGGCCGCCAGAAAUACCGCCGCAUGAAGGUUCAGCAGAUGGCAGUGAGCUGUAUUCAGAGAAAUGUGCGAGUCCUCACCGCAGUGGCCCACUGGAGCUGGUGGAAGCUGCUGUGCAGAGUGCGCCCCCUGCUGGACGUCAACAUGGAUGACCAGCGACUCAGAUCCAAAGAGGAUGAGAUCACUACUCUGAGGAGACGUCUGGAAAAGUCAGAGAAAGAACGAAAUGAGCUGCGUCAGACUGCAGACAACCUGGAGACCAAGGAUGAGAUCACUACUCUGAGGAGACGUCUGGAAAAGUCAGAGAAAGAACGAAAUGAGCUGCGUCAGACUGCAGACAACCUGGAGACCAAGGUAUAUUUAAGUGAUGAGCGGUUCAGAGGGGAGGCCAUGAGUCAAGCUCUAGAUACUGAGCGCACGGAGAGACUACGUCUCGCCAAAGAGAACAAGGAACUGCAGAGUCGUGUGGACCAGAGUAAAGUGACUUUGGAGGCCCUCGAGAGGCAGUUAGAGGAAGAAAAACAGAAAGUCAAGAAUAAAGAAGCUCUCAGUGGAGUGGCGACAGAAAGUGAGCUGCAGCUGCAGCUGGAAUGCGCGCAGACGGAGGUGGAGUUCCUGCGCAGGCGUCUGCGGCAGACGGAGGAAAGACUUGAGAGUGAGAAAGAGGCCCGUCAGCUGCUGGAUACUAAGGUCCAAGAACUGCAGUCUCAGCUUGAUCAAUCUAAACGCUCAGUGACAGAGCUAAAACGCCACUGCCGGCGGUUGACCUCUGACCUUCAGGACGCGCGUGUGCUGACUGACAGCCUGCAGAGCCGCACUCAUGAGCUGGAGAGGAAACAGAGGAGGUUUGACAGCGAACUGACCCAGGCGCUUGAGCAGGCUGAUAAUGAGAGGGAGCAGAAGGAGAGAGCCAUCCAAGAGAAUACCACCCUCGGCGCCGAGAUAUUCACCCUUCACAAGACGCUCAAGGAGAGUCAGGUGGAGGUCACGCACCUGCAGCAGCAGAAGGAGGAACUGUGUGCUCAGAUCUGUGACCUGAGCGUCCCUCUCCACCUCACCUCCGACUCCAUCCCUGAACUGAAGAAGAAGCUCCGUGAGCUGGAGAUCAGAGACAAGGAGCGCUCCGAGGAGAUCAGCCAGAUGACUGCCAGAAUCAAACAGCAGGAGCAGAUGCACCUGCGCUUUGAGAUGGAGAUGGAGAGGAUGAAGCAGAUCCAUCAGAAGGAGCUAGAGGACAAGGAUGAGGAACUGGAGGACGUGCAGAAGUCCUCACAGAGACGGCUCCGUCAGCUGGAGAUGCAACUGGAACAGGAAUAUGAGGAAAAACAGAUGGUGGUUCAUGAGAAGCAUGACUUAGAGGGGCUGAUUGCCACACUGUGUGAACAGGUGGGCCACAGAGACUUUGACGUGGAGAAGAGGCUGAAGCGGGACCUGAAGCGCACACAUGCCCUGCUCAAUGACGCCCAGCUGCUGCUGUCCACCGUUGAACAGCCUGGGCAGGGUCACGACCCCGGUGCCAAGGAGCAGCUGGAGAGACUGUGCUGCCAGCUGGAGGACAGUGACGCCAGACGGUUGGAGUCUGAAAGCGCACAGAAGACUCUGGCUGCAGAGCUGGAAAACACUCAGAUCGAGCUGGAGAGCAUCUGCAAGCAGAAGAGCCUGGUGGAUGAGCAGCUGGCUCAGCUCCGCUACGAGAGGACGGACCUGAUGAAGAGGCUGGAGGAAGACCAGGAGGAUCUCAACGAGCUCAUGAAGAAGCACAAAGCCCUCAUCGCUCAGCUGCAGACCAGCGUAGCACGUGUGCAGUUUCUAGAGUCGUCCACGGUGGCCCGCAGCAUCGUAAGCAAGCAAGAAGCUCGUAUCUGUGAUCUAGAGAACAAAUUGGAGUUCCAGAGAGGACAGGUCAAGAGAUUUGAGGUGCUGGUUCUGCGUCUGCGGGACAGUGUGGUGCGGCUGGGUGAGGAGCUGGAGCAGGCGGCCCAGGCUGAGGCCAGGGAGAGGGAGAACUCCCGAUACUAUCAGCUGAGACUGGCGGAUAUGAAACUGGAAAUGAAUGACCUGAGCGUCAGAGAACAGGAGAGCAGCCGUCGACGCAUGGAGCUGGAAAUGCAAGUGGAAGAGCUUAGCGCAGUAAGACAGACCCUGCAAGCUGAUCUAGAGACAUCAAUCCGGCGUAUCGUUGAUCUACAAGCCGCGCUGGAGGAGGUGGAGUCCAGCGAUGAAAGUGAUACAGAAAGUGUGCAGACGGCUGUGGAGUCCUUCUCUAGAAGGAAAGAUCUCGACACCAUGUCCAGCGUAGGAUCCAGUGUGGGCACUGAAGACGUCGGCGAAGGGAUCCGUCAAUGGGCAGGUGUACCGCGGGGAGGCCGAGGAGGAAGAACUUCUCCUUACGCAGGAAGCAGCUCCGGCCGCCAGUCUGUUACCGACACCAUGAGCACCUACAGUUUCAGAUCUUGCACACAGGACCUGGACGAAGACGUCAAAGAAAGUUCCGGUGGUCUUGGCAGAGCAUCAUCAUCCACGGCCCUAUCUGAGCUCCUGGAGGGUCUGAGGAAGAAGCGCGCUGGGUGGGAAAGAGGCUCAGAGGUGGGCGAGGGGAGCGCAGUGUCCCUUCCCAUCUAUCAGACGACAGGGGCCUCCACGCUACGCCGCAGGUCUUCAGCGCUGUCUCUAGAAGCAGAGGAGGGUCUGGAGGACCUGCCUCGGCCCAGCAUACUGAAACCUCCCAGUCCCCACCUGCCCCGUGCCUCCAGCCUCCGCUCCCUAUCCGAGGCAGGCCCAACGUCCUCCACCACCACAACCACCACAGGAAAGAUGAACCGCUUCAGCUCUUGCGACUCCCUCGCAUCCGUGACCUCCACCGCAAGUUCCCGCCGCCACUUGUCCAACCUGUCCAUCCCUGAGGAAGGAGAGGAGGAGCCCAGGUCGAAAGCCAUGCCUCCUCUUGGGUCCUAUCAACCAAUCCGACGUCGAUUACUCGGCGGCCUGGUGGCGGAAACCGGAGAGUCGCAAUUGGGAUCGGAACCGCUUGUGUUCCAGAAUCGCAGACUCCUUGGGAAUCAAGACAAGGAGAGGGCUGGAGUCGAUGCAGGGGACACCAGCUCAGACAUUCUCCCAGCAAUCCGACGAGCACAGUCCACUAGCAGUCUGGCAUCAAGCGGUUCCCGAACGGGCCAGAGACGAGCACUCAGUGUGCACUUUGGGGAGUUGCCGCCGUCCAGAGCGUCGCGUAGGGAGUCCGACUCAGACUCUUCAAGUUCUGGAGGAUCUCAGAAGCGCCGUGGGCCUCAAGAAGAGAGGCUGGAAGCCGAGGGCAGCGAGGAUGUCAAUUCUGUGAUGAAGAAGUACCUCAAAAAAGCAGAAGUGGACUAGAAGACUCAACGAGGAUGGAUGAAGACGUGGAGAAUAGUCCUUGUCCAGAAUGCAUUGAGGCACAUUUAACUGCACAUUUAAGCACAAAUACACUGGAUUUAUUUUGAGCACUGUUUGUACACAUAAAUAGAGAUGUUAAAGGUGAACACAUCAAAUUCCUAAAAUUCUCACUGUAAACAUGCCCUUUAUUUGAGCCGCGCUGAUACCCUCGGGUGCUUCAGGUCGAGGAAAUGAAUCUUGACCAGUGAGCGCUUGCUUUCCCUCUCAGCAGUCAGUGCAAAUUUGUUAAACUCCAACAGAUGUAAAUAAAAACGUCAAGCAGAAUCAUUGGUAUUUGCUUCGACCUUUCAAAGGAGAGGAGCAGCAUCACAUUCAGAGAGGAAAACUGAAAUAGAGCAUUUUUACAGAGCAGCGAUUGUGCUUACAACAUGGAGGCUCUCCAUAAUAAUGGAGCCUGACCUGGUUUCUGCAACUGAAUCAUUAUCUUAGACUUAUUUGCCUAGGAAUGGAGUAAAGAAAAUAGUUUGUACUUAAUUGCCAGAACAGAAUUUGAAGCUACUACACACACAGUGACGACAU